AUGAACGGCACUCCCCUCCUCCCGUCUGCUUUCCCCCAGACGCCUAAAACCAUUCCAGGAAGCAAGAAGCUUUUCGAAAACCCUGUGCGAACCCCUGUGCGAACCCCACAGAGAGAGAACCGUCCUCGGAGGUCGUCAACCAGAUCGCCCGUCAAAUCGGCCUCAAAAGUAGCAAGACUACCACCCCCAAACCCGAACAACAAUGCGCCACUGAUCCCUACCGAUGUGAUCGAUGCGCCAUCCCAGCGACUCUAUGUGGUUGCAGUCUAUAUUGCGCUCAACGCGUGGAGGAUCUACGAGUCUUUGACCGCAUCGGAUGACUUGGAUUCAACCUGGCUCCUCUUGAAAUGGGCUACGAUCGAUGGAAUUUUCUUCGUUGGAUUGCAAGCUCUGCGCAUACCGUGGUUAGAGUGGGCGUUCCCGACCACUCUGACCUUGUUUUUGCUACACGCCGUGGGCAAUGUCUUUUUGAUGUUCCGCAUUCCGAUUCCUUGGGCUGCCUGGAUAACUGGACUGGUCAAAGUGGCAUACGAUCGCGAAAUCUCUAUUUCCGAACAUAGGGUCAAGCCAGGUGAUAUCAUCCACAAUGCGUCCCUGAUCCUGGGAAGACAAAUUGUGCACAUUCUACCAGAGGGAUCUGCCGUUUUGAACCCGGAUCGAGGCUCGCUUUGCCUUGAUUCCCAGAGGACCACGAUCGACCUUCCCAUCCGCGUCAACCAGACCGACCCUAUCUUGAUCGAAGUGUUGCGCAUGGACCUGAACACUGGCGAAAAUGAGACUAUCACCAUCCCCGCAAAGCAAUUGAAGGGCCUCAAGCGCCAGGCGGAAAAGAAACACGCACCCGGUCAGCUGUACCGCGACCUGCUUUUCCCAGUUCGCAAGACCGGUAUUUAUCGUCUUCAGCGGGUUGUGGACGAGUCUCAGCUCGAUGUUCAGACCCGGACAUUCGACGCGUUGGUUGUAUCCUGCCCAAGAGCACUCAUUAAAAACUCGCACAUCGACAAGUGCAAGGGUGAAUUGUCCAACUUCAAACUGGAGGUUGAAGGCACGCCCCCAUUGAAGAUCAAGUACAGCCGCCAGGUGAAUAAUCUUGACCGCGGAUUUUCAGUCCUCAAUAUACAGCCGGACAACUUGCGCUCCCCGAUAUUGAAUGGACGGACUACUUCUGCUUUGUUCAGUGUCAACCAGCCCGACGUCUCCUGGGCCCAAAGCCAGAAGAUUGAAGUGCCGUUGAACGAGUCAUUGAAUGAUGGCGGUGAAUGGUUCUAUACCAUUGAAGAGGUACAUGACGCCAUUGGCAAUGUGGCCAAUUACUCUACCAUCUUUGAAGACGGGGAUCGACCAUCCACCAAAUCGCAAUCCCAGUGGUACCAAUUCUCCGUUCACGAGCGCCCGCAGCUGUCUCUGCAACACUGCAGCUCUCAAAACCCGCUGCAGGUAGCCAAAGGAGACAGCACUAGGUUCCCCCUCAAGUUCCAUCCCGAUGGGAACGCAUACUCCAACGACGGUCCGUUCUCUGUUGGAUACUCAUUCCAGCAAGAUGACGAUACUCAAGAGAAGACUGUGAGUCUGAAGGGCUUGGAUCACUCCCCGGACAUCAAGGAACCCGGUCUGUAUGCCUUGACUUCCGUCUCUACCAAAUUUUGCCAGGGUGAGAUCAUGGAGCCUUCGUCUUGCUAUCUGCUCAACCCGCCCGAGCCAGAGCUUGCGGUUCGGUCUGAACGUGUCUUUGACAAGUGUGCCAACAACGCCAUUGGCCUCAUUGUGGACUUGGAUCUUACCGGAACCCCUCCGUUCUCCCUCCGAUACAGUAUCGAGAGCUCCAAGGGGAUUGUUAACAAGGCCUUGAGAGUUCAAGGUAUGCGAACGCAGAUUGACCUCACCCCCUCGGAGGCCGGGUUCUACCGCUAUCGAUUCCUGGACGUCGAGGAUGCUGUGUACUCGCCACGUUCUCUCAAGGACAAGGUGCCCGUGCUUGAACAAGACGUCAAGCCCGCAGCAUCGGCCCAAUUCCUGUCCAGGGAGCCGAAAUCCGCUUGUUUCGGCGAAGCGGUCCCCGUGGAGGUGUCCUUCCUUGGAGAGGCUCCUUGGUCUUUGUCAUAUGAGAUCGUGCACAAUGGAAAGAAGACAAAGAAGACCCUGAAUUCUGACACCGAUGUUGCAACUAUCACGACUGAUCAACUGACCAGUGGCGGCACUUACACUAUUGCAUUGACCAACGUUCAGGACCAGUCCCAGUGUAAACGGACAUUGAAAGAAAGCAUCAAGAUUGAAGCUCGAUCCCAGCCACCGCACGUCUCAUUCGGCCAAAUUGACAAGAAGAGGAGCGUGCUGGCCUUGCAGGGUUCCAAGAUUGAGAUUCCAGUCAGGUUGAGCGGCCAGCGGCCCUGGACUAUCCAGUACAGGAAUGUGGAUACCGACUCCAAGCCCGUCCAGCAGACUUUCCAUGACCAGAACAGUGUUUUGACUGUCGAGAAGCAAGGUCUCUAUGAAAUCAGCGAAGUAUACGAUAUGGGCUGUCCUGGAACUGUGGAUCAAUCUGCAAAGGAGUUUGAAGUCUCGUGGAUCCCUCGGCCUCAAAUCACUGCGCUGGAUGGUAAUCCCGUUGGUGCCGCCCGGCAGAUUGCGAAGUCGGAGAUCUGCCAAGGUGACGACGAUAGCCUUGAGGUUCGCUUGUCAGGCAGCCCUCCGUACCACCUGCAGUACGAGAAGCGACGCAAGGCGGAGCGGGGUGGGUUCUCUUCGGCUAAGCCACGGGCUUUGAAGUCGGCCCUUGAUGUCACCUCCAUGGAGAUGGAUACCUCCGAGCCUGGAGAGUAUAGUUACAAGUUCACCCAGGUUGGUGACAAUCUCUACGAUCAUGACCCCAAGAUCAACCCUCUGGUUGUGACUCAAAAGGUCAACCCGCUCCCGUCUGCCAAGUUUGACUCUCCUGGACAUGUCUACGGUUUCUGCAAGGAGGAUAUCAGUGGCGAAGAGGUCAUUCCCAUCACACUGGAGGGUGUCCCGCCCUUCUCGCUUGAGAUCAACAUCAAGCAUCACUCCAACGCCAAGCCAGAAAUCGUCAGCAUUCCCAAGAUCAACGCAAACCGCCACAACCUGCUUAUCCCCCGUCGUCAUCUGGACCUGGGCCAGCAUGUGGUCAGCAUCCACAAGGUUCGCGAUUCUCGAGGAUGUCAGAAGACCACCGAAUUCGAUGCCUCCUCUGUCAGGGUCGCCAUCUCCGAUGUUCCUACCAUCAUCCCACUCGAAUCUAAGACUGACUACUGUGUGGGUGAGCGACUUUCCUUCUCGCUAUCUGGCCAUGCGCCGUUCGACGUCUUCUACAACUUCAACGGAGCUUCGCGCAAGGCCAAGUCUCAGACCACCAACUUCCGCCGUAUUGCCGAGUUGCCCGGUGAAUUUACCAUCACUGCAGUCAGCGAUGGAGCCAGCGGCAAGUGCAAAGCCCACAAGGAUAUCGCCAAGGUCAUCCACCCGAUGCCCAGCGUGCGCAUCAGCAAGGGCAAAGAAACGGUGGUGGACAUUCACGAGGGUGGCGAAGCUGAGCUUCACUUCGAGUUCUGGGGCACACCACCAUUCGAAUUCACAUACAUUCGAAGCUCCAACGCCGUUAAGGGCAAAAAGGCCGAGAUCCUCGACAUCAAACAUGACAUCUCGCACGAGAAUGUCAAGACCAUCAAGACCUCGGAUGAAGGUACUUACGAGGUCAUUGCCAUCAAGGAUAAGUUCUGUUCUUUCUCGGCUCAGUCCCCCAAGUCCGACCGGUGA